AUGGGUGUUAGUCCUUACGUGAACUAUUUGUAUGGUGAUCUUACAAAUGGAUGUAUCAUAUUCCAGUUAUACGAUAUCAUUCGACCGGGUAUGGUGAACUGGAAGCGUGUAGUGACAAAAUUCUCGAAACUUAAAGGAAUGAUGGAUCAAAUCCAGAACUGUAACUAUGCGGUUGAAUUGGGCAAACAGUUACGCUUCUCUUUGGUUGGCAUUCAAGGCAAAGAUAUUUACGAUAGUAAUCAGACAUUGACACUUGGUGUGUUAUUCGUUUUUGUUUGA